AUGCAGUUCUGGUCGCUGCCGAGUGCGGAUGAGGCCUUCGGCGACAUCGGCCGUGUUGACAGGCUCGAUUCGCGCACCUUGGAGAGGGGGCACACCAGGACCUUCGCGUUCUGGCUCUGGGUUUGGGACGUUGCCCACAUCCCCACCAGGCGCGCGCUCUGGGUGCUCAAGCGGAGUGCGGGCCGGGCGGAUGAGAUCAUCGGCCUCGCCCCCGUGGAUCGCCGCAUCCCCCCGCCUCCCGACGUCCGGCGCUACGACCUGCUGCUACAUGUCGACCUACUGGAGGAUUGGUCACCGCUCUCGCCGCGCUCGUCUCACUCCGGCCAGAGUGGUCUGCCCUCCUCGGAUGAAGAUGACGACCGUCCUUUCCCGUGCAUCGAGCCCGGCACUUGGGUGGCCCAUGUUGAAGAUGGGCAGGGCAGGGCCUGCAAUAGGGCACUGCGCGUCGGGGCCGGGGUCUGCGGCCCUGUGCUCGGUGGGGGCGCCCGCGACCAUGAGGAGGAUGGCGGUGGAGGCGGUUCUGGUGCUAGCCGUUCCUGGAAGGAUCUCCUGCUGGGUCGCAGCUGCCACGCCAGGGGCUGCAACGGGGACGUGAUCUCGGACGCGCACCGUCGCCAUAGCAGAUUGCCUUUCUUCUCCUUCUCCGACAACCGCCGCGCCCUAUCUUCGCCCCCGCGCACGGACUGCAUGCAACUAGAGAUGGAGAACGCCAUUCAGGACGCGCUCGUCAUCCCACUGGCUUUCAAAGAUGAUGGCCACUCGCCUUCUUUGCCCACCGCCAAGCCCGCCGAGCUGGAGAGCCCGGAGAUGCUGCCGUGCCUGCUGCCCUACAUCACCUCCCCUGUAGCACCAACAGUGGGCUUCCAGAUGGACGCGGUCAUCCAGCAGGUGGGCUCCAUGCAAAUCGGUGACAGUCAGGCGCAAGCAGCCAAGCUAUUUGCUCCGGUCCCGCCUCCGAUCCUCGCUAGCCAGCCUCCCCGUCCACGCCACUCCGCCCCGCCCAAGUCCAGGGCUACCUCUGCCCCCUCCGUCGCAGUGCUCGACAGGCAGUAG